AAGGCCUAUCCUUUGAAAAGAAACGACUGCUUUGACGUUUUCAAAUCUCGGAUUUGCCCGAUUUGCCUCUCAUUAUUUGUCUGGCAAAUUUUCUUGAUAAUUUGCGUGUUGUGAAUAGUUCCUCAAAAUGCUGACAAACUCCUUUAAAAUAAUUCCAAAGGUGAGACUCCUCCGAGGAAUCAGCAGUUCAGCGGCAAGAUGUAGCGAUAAUCUCUUUGUGCACCGAGAUACGGCCGAAGAUAAUCCCAGCAUCCCGUUUGAGUUUACCGAGGAAAACAAAAAGAGGGUUAAUGCCAUUCUCAACAUUUAUCCGGAAGGUCAUAAGCGUGGAGCCAUGAUUCCGCUGUUGGAUUUGGCACAACGCCAACAUGGUUGGUUGCCCAUCUCGGCUAUGCAUAGAGUGGCGGAUAUUUUAGGCCUUCCGAACAUGAGAGUUUACGAAGUAGCAACAUUUUACACCAUGUUUAUGCGAAAACCUACAGGAACCUAUCAUGUGCAGGUAUGCACUACAACUCCGUGCUGGUUGCGUGGAUCUGAUGAAAUAAUGACUGCUUGUAAGGAAAAACUAGGCAUUGGAGCAGGUGAAACAACAAAGGACGGAAAAUUCACCAUAUCAGAAGUAGAAUGUUUGGGCGCGUGUGUGAAUGCCCCAAUGAUCGCAGUCAAUGACGAUUAUUACGAAGAUUUGACAGCAAAGGAUACUAUAGAAAUUUUGAGUGAUUUAAAGCAAGGUAAGGUUCCAAGACCAGGGCCAAGGAACGGACGAUUCGCUUCGGAACCUACAGGCGGUUUAACAUCGUUGACCGAAGAACCAAAAGGUCCAGGAUUCGGAAUGCAAACAGGCUUUUAGUUAUUCAAUUGCAUAUUGUUCGUUAGUUUCAAAACAUGCCUGUACAUUAUAAAUUUAAACAAUAAAAGACACGUUUUUUUUUU